AUGGUCGAAACUAACGCUGAACUCCCAUCAUCUGUCCCAGCUCCAGUAGCUUUUUCCACUGUCCAAACAGCAAAUGAAUUCACAUUCCAAAAAUUCGAUACAUUGAAGGAAGAUCGUGAAUUUUAUUUGGGUCCACAUACCACAUUAGAAGAAUUGAGAGAGAAGAUUAAUGAUUAUUAUGCCCUUGAUGAAUUAAUUACGUUCCUAAACGAAAAUCAAGAUAAGAAUUAUAACGAUAUAACUUUACAAUUUCCAGAUCCUUUAAUCAAAGAUUCCACAUUUAUUACCAACAUCUUACAAGAUAAGUUUGCGGAGCUAAAAACAGCAACUUCAAAGGAGGAAAAAAAUACAAUUAUUCCUAAAUUUUGGGUCCUUGCAGAUACCGCUUAUAGUGCAUGUUGUGUAGAUGAAGUUGCUGCAGAACAUGUCAAUGCAGAUUUGGUGGUUCAUUUUGGGGAUGCAUGUUUAAACGCUAUUCAAAAAUUACCUGUUGUUUAUUCUCUUGGUAGACCAUAUUUACCAUUACAUGAUAUAAUAGAAAAAUUUAAGACUCAAUUCCCUGAUAAAUCAAGCAAAGUUUGUUUAAUGAGUAAUUCCGCAUACACAUUACAUAUGAAACCUUUGUUUGAUCAUUUGACUGAUGUGGAAGGUUAUGAGAAUUUAAUUUACUCUCAGAUUAAUGCCGCCAUGGCAAGUGACCAAGCUACGAUUUUAGGUGAAGAGCAUUCUUUAACUGCUACUGAAAGUGAUAAAUGUGUUGUUACUUUAGGUAGUAGAUUAUUAUUUUCUCGUAAUCAAGAUUUGACUAUUGGGAAUGGGAUUCAAGAUGAUGAAGAAACUUUAACCAUCUUACAAAACGAAUAUGAUUUAUUCCAUUUGACUGUACCACAAGAUCCUCAUUUAUUAUAUUUAACUACAGUUUUCAAAUCUGUCGUGUUAUAUGAUAAUAAGAAUGAAAACGUAAUAACGGGCCCAUUCCCAUCAAUGAUGAAACGUUAUAAAUAUAUGAGCGUAGCAAGAACUGCUGGUUGUAUUGGUAUUUUAGUUAAUACUUUAUCUCUUAGAAAUACUAAGGAAACUAUAAACCAAUUAACUAAAUUAAUUAGGAAUUCAGGUAAGAAGCAUUAUUUAUUUGUUGUGGGGAAACCAAAUGUAGCAAAAUUGGCUAACUUUGAACCUGUUGAUAUUUGGUGUAUCUUAGGAUGUAGUCAAAGUGGUAUCAUUAUUGAUCAAAUUAAUGAAUUUUAUAAACCGAUUAUUACACCAUAUGAAUUGACCAUGGCUUUGAAUGAUGAAGUCACUUGGACUGGUAAAUGGGUUGUAGAUUUCAAAAAAGCAUUAGAACAAAUUAGUGAUCAAAUUGAUGAUCAAGAAUCUAAACCCCCUUCCACGGCUAACAUGGAAGAAAGUGAAGCUCCUGAGUUUGAUGUUGUAACAGGUAAAUAUGUUAGUACAUCAAGACCAUUAAGAAAUGUUUACCAUUUGGAAUUAGAAAGUCCGUCUGAAAAUUCUGGUAUCCAAACCCGUGGAGAUUCUUCUAACCAAGUGAUUAAGCGAACAGUGGGUGGUGAUGUUAUUAAGGGAACAGUAUCAACAUCAGUAUCACAUUUACAAUCUCGUAAUUGGAAGGGUUUAGGAAGUGAUUUUUCUGAACAAGAUAAUUAUGAAGAAGAAGGUGCCACGGUGGAACAGGGUAUCAGUGGUGUUGCAAGAGGUUAUGGAUUUGAUCGUACAGAUGCCAUAGCCAAGAAGAACGCCGGUGCAGGCCAAUCUAAGUAA